AUGGCUUCGCGAAGCAGCACCUCCUCUCCCGACCCUCUAGGGUACCCAGGCGACCCCGAUUACCUUCUCUCGUCAGCCAGAAAACCAUUUCCCCAGCGAAGCAUGUCACCACAGAAAGCCGGAACCCCACGACGAGGACGGCCACCGCUACAUCAAAAGAACUACCAGUCUCCAAGGAAGACUGACAAGAAGACUGCGCAAACUAUACGACUCGAGGAUAUACUAUUGCCAUCUACGCCCUCGGGGAAUUCGAAAGCGACGCGUUUUGACCGAAGGUCGCUAUCCCCCACUAAAGCUGUCCUACAAUCAGACGGCAAUAUUAGUCCGUGGCGCAUACGAGUGACCGUUGAAGCCGAGCAGGAGGAAGAUGAGGAUGGAAAUCAGGCCAAUACACAAACGCGACUGGGGCCUUGGAUAGAUGGCAAAACUGUGAAGGUUCCCUUGAAGGGGACAUCAUCGACAGAACCAACUCCCAAAAGGCGCCGGCGACGAAAGAGCAAAUCUGAUAUUGCAGAAAGGCCCCCUACUCCCAGACACAAAAAGGGUAGCACACCUACAAAAAAGGUCCCUGAGUCGACGGAGAAAAGGACAAAGACUGGAACUCACAAAAGCACGCCUGUUGAGGACAUUGUUGCGCCAACAGUAGAGGACAAUAUCUCCCCACAAGAUUUCGAAGAACCUACGCAGGAUUUUGGAGACGUCUUCUUGGAUAUUGCAGCUGAUGGAGAUAUGAAUGAUGAUGACGACGACGGUGAUUUGAUGGAUCAAAAUGUCGAAUUGACAGAUCCCGCGAUGGAAGCACCACCGGUUAACGCAGACUCUAACCCAAGUCUCUCUACAAACGCAGUUGGAGUUGCGCCUUUAGAUAGGAGGAAACCCCCUGCAUCACAAGAGAACCUAGCGACCUCCUCGAUACCUAGCGGCCUAUCGCCCAUUAACGUUGUCAAUGCAGGCCGCACUCCUAGGCCUAAACGAGCAUAUCCAACACCAACUUCCUCCUCAUUAGUAGGAGACGAAACGCUAGAGAAAUCUACACACCGUGUGGCCGGCCUGGAGUCAACUGCAUCGAAAACUAAAGAUCCCACUGACGAACACCGGGAAUUUGAUUCAAUAAUGGAAAGUGAAGGAUUCAGCAUGGUAUCGUUGAAUACUUUGCCAUCAGCGAGACAGCGGCUACGCCAACUAUUUGAAAAUCAAGCCAGUCGGACCAAAUCGCCAAAAUCUAAUGGGACCCCCGCGGCACCGCAGCAUAUAUCCCCGAAACCUGCAUCAAUAGCCGCAUUAUCACCAAAUAUCUCCACUACCCAGUCCUCUUCUAAACGUCCGCAUAGCCAAUUAUAUGAGGCGAUCUCCUCGCUCCAACAGUCAUCACCAAGAGAUAUGACAUCUAGGCCUCAGCGCACUCCACGUCUUAACACCAUCUCAUCUGCUCGGCCUCCCCCUGCCCCUGCUACUCCUGCUACAACUAUACCUGCCAAAAGGCGACCCCUAGCUCGACUGUGCCGCGUAAUACGGGCUGGAAUUGCUCUUCAUGGCCUAAUGGACCGUAGGAGACAAAGCGGUAACCUCCAAACACCGUUUUCUAGCCCAAAUACAGACCACACAGAUGAUAUAGAAGCGACCAAGCAGAGGCUUGACCAUCUUUUCCAGGACUUCAAUAUGGAAACUCGGAGAGAGCUGCGCGCCGGCGUCCGGUUUGGAGAAGAGCUUGCCAAAAGGCUACGACAGCCAAGCGGAAAGCGACGAGAGUUACCUGUAGCACGGGAGAGCACCAGAUUGCAAGAGGUAACGUCGAUGCGGCCAAGCAAAAGUGUGGUAUACCCAGACCUAGGGGUCAUAUCUGAAGGAUUAGAACCAUCGCCUGCCCCCAAAAGGCCGGACGAACAGAUUACGAGAAGCCCACGCCAGGAGCCUUCCCCUGUGGAGGACAAUACUGGGGAUACAUCAAUAGAUUCAUUGAUGGCUAGGCGCGAAGCUGAGUGGCGGCGUGAAAGGGAAGCUAUCAGUCGACAGAUAGAAUUGGCCAAUGAUAGCCAGGUUAUUGUCAUUAAUAGUGAUGAUGGCGUAUCACAACCAGCGAUAGACCCUGGUACCGGCGAUCCUACUGAUGCAGGUUACGAGGAGCGCGCUGAAGACGUUAUGAUAGACGAACAAGAAGAACUAGAGGAACAGGAAGAGGCGGAUUACGGAGAGGAGACUGACAUUUGGCAACAAGCGGCUCGUGAGCCCGAAGCCAAAGCCCACUCUCCGUCGUUAUCUCAUAUCGCCCACGAUGAGCGACCUAACCGGCGCACACUUGGCUUUCCAAGUCCUCGGGCUGGGUCGGAAGAAGAGGCUUAUAGCGCGAAUGACGGUGACGAAAUGGUCCCUCUUCCAGACCUCUCCAGCCGCAGACACGCCUUCCCCGAAUUAACUGUUGGUAAAUCAAAGAUGGCUCAGUACAGGGAUACCGAGGCAUCCCUGUCACCCCUGUUGGGCACCCCGGAGAGCGCCACCAGACGUUUCUACGAAGGUGAUUUCAGUCGGUCGAAUGUGGAGACUGCACGACAUCAUCCGUCCCGAGGGACGUUAGAAUCUCUUCCUCGACGUGAUAGUCGCCCAAUUAGCCCUGAACUCAACGAACCACCAAUACCGCACAAUGGCUCCUCCAAACGACACCAACAACUUGAAGGGGAUUUUGAGCUUGAGCAAACCGACGAAGGGCGUGUUCAGCAUUCGUAUACCCAGCCGAGAAGGCUAGCCAAUCCCACUUCGGCGACACCAGAAGAGGAAGCGCAAUUACAGCGUGCAGGCCCAAGCUUGUCCAAACGUGUCGCACUCAAGGAACCCCCCGGCGAAAAUGAUGUUGAUGGAGAAAUGGAAGAAGCAUCCGAGGAUGAUAUCGCGGAGAGUGACAUCAGCGGCCCUUCUGUUCCAGAGCCUCCAGAACAAACAUCCACGGUUACAUGGUUUAACAAAUUGACCAGCAACCUUGCACCAGCAUGGUUAACCAGUACCCCUGCCCCAGUAAAUGCUUCGAAACGAAGGUCCACGACCAAAUACCCUGACCCUACUGCUACUCCGGUUGCGGCCCCUGCUGCACAGCCUCCAACGCGAAAGCAAAGCAAUGAUAAAGGGAAAGCGCCAGCAAGACACCGCUUUGUCCAGCCGCUUGCGAUUUCAGGGUACUUUACCGACGACCACUAUGUGGAACUUCGCGAAAUCUAUCGACAGGCCAAAGUGCGACCAGAGAAUUUCAAAUAUUACCCCACGGAGGAGCGGGAUGAGAUGAUCGGUCAGUGGAUGUGGUCGGCAGAUGGGCAACAUCGUCGACAAGUCACCGAGAUACAACUAGUGAUCGUUGAAAGGUUCCGACAGAAACUGAUCCAAGAUAAUAUCCGCCAUGGAGGUGAUGGCGCGAUGGAGUGGAGUGAAGAAGAUAUUUUGUGGCGAUUAUUUAGCAUUAUCGUUGGAGAACAGAUCAGGAGGCAAAGGAAGGAGCAGCAGCAGCGACAACAGUUACAGCACUGA